AUGCUGUGUGCUAGGUGUCUGGCGUUUGAAGCGUCGACGGAGAAGACAAACUAUUGGGCAAGACUUCAAAUCCAUGGAUCAGGUUCGGUUCAGACUAUUUUAAGCCCAAAGGCCCCAAACCUUUUUUUUUUGUACGAGCCGAUUACAUUGGAGGUCCACCUUAGUUCUCACCCAGAACCCGGUUACUGGCCAACUGGUUCAUCCACAGACUGGUUUAGAUCUAUAGACCAAACUGGUUCAGAUAAUUUCACCUUUGUAUCAGACCGGUUCAGGUAUGUUGCUUCUGUUCGUCUUUUUCUUCUCCUUUUUUGGUCUGAUCCACUUCCAGGCAGUAUUCCAGCACUAGUUUCUUGUGUUGUUGGGCCAGUUCAGUAUAUCCCAGGGUCGGUUUACUCCGGUUCAGUGUAUUCUAGCUUCGGUUGA